AUAACCAGCUUCCCCUUCCUUCCGCUGCCCUCCUUCCCUCCUCCUUCUCUCUCACUCACUCACUCACUCUCUCUCCCCUCUUGCUCCCAGACGACUGUUGGGCCGCCGCCGCCCUAGGCCAGGUGCUGAGGUUUUCCUUGGUCUCUUCGCCGGCGACGAGCACCCACCAGUCAGGCAUGAGAGCGCGCUUCUAGAAUAAUGUCUGUGCUUACCUGUGUGAUUGAAAGCAUGGGUUCAUCCUGUAGCAGAUCCCAUUCCUUGGACGAGACUGAAGCAGCUGAAAAUGCAAAGUCUGCAGACAUCGACCGGAGGAUUUUGCAAGAAACAAAGGCCGAGCAACACAUCCACAAGCUCUUACUUCUUGGUGCUGGAGAAUCAGGGAAGUCUACAAUAUUUAAACAAAUAAAGCUCCUUUUCCAAACUGGCUUUGAUGAGGCAGAGCUUAAGAGCUACACGUCAGUCAUCCAUGCGAACGUGUAUCAGACAAUUAAAAUAUUAUAUGAGGGAGCUAAAGAGCUAGCCCAAGUGGAACCAGAUUCCUCAAAAUAUGUUUUAUCUCCAGAUAGUCAGGAGAUUGGAGAAAAACUAUCAGAAAUUGGUGUCAGGUUGGAUUACCCAUCGCUAAACAAAGAAUGUGUACAGGAUGUAAGAAAACUAUGGCAAGAUCCAGCCAUUCAGGAAACUUACUCACGAGGAAGUAUUCUCCAAGUCCCAGACUGUGCACAGUACUUCAUGGAAAAUUUGGACAGAUUAUCUGAAGUAGAUUAUGUACCAACAAAGGAGGACGUGCUUCAUGCAAGAGUACGGACAAAUGGUGUGGUAGAAACUCAGUUUAGCCCUCUAGGAGAGAGCAAAAGAGGCGGAGAGGUCUAUAGGCUAUACGAUGUAGGAGGCCAGAGAAACGAGAGAAGGAAAUGGAUCCAUCUUUUUGAAGGUGUUAAUGCUGUAAUAUUCUGUGCUGCCAUUAGCGAGUAUGAUCAGAUGUUAUGCGAGGAUGAGACGAAGAACAGAAUGAUGGAGACUAAAGAACUCUUUGAUUGGGUGCUAAAGCAAAGAUGUUUCGAGAAAACCUCAUUCAUGUUAUUUCUCAACAAAUUUGACAUAUUUGAGAGAAAAAUACAAAAGGUUCCUUUAAGUGCGUGCGAGUGGUUUAAAGAUUACCAGCCUAUCGCACCUGGCAAACAGGAGGUGGAACAUGCCUAUGAGUUCGUGAAAAAGAAGUUUGAGGAACUCUACUUCCAGAGCAGCAAGCCUGACCGUGUCGACCGAGUGUUCAAGAUCUACAGAACAACAGCCCUGGAUCAGAAACUUGUAAAGAAGACAUUCAAGCUGAUCGACGAGAGCAUGAGGCGUUCCAGAGAAGGAACUUGAUUGAGAUAAGCCACAAGACAAGUAACUAGAAUGGUGAGAGGAACAGAAAGUUUACAGUGUCACAGCUUUGCCUAUUGUGAUUCUUUUUUUUUACAUGAGGAACAUUUGUUGAUCUUUUUGCUCCACCACAGGCCAGUAAAAGUAUCUGUUUUGUGCCGUGGUCUAAGGGGAAGUUUGGGGUCCUCUCCAUUCCACCCAAUGUUAGGACAAUGUUCUGCCGAUCUUUUGGAGCACUGCCUGUUUGGUCUCGCAUAUAAGUUCAUUCGUUGUUGUCUGUGCAACAUGCAUAGUCACAAAUUGUCUGAA